AUGCAAGAUUUCAAAAGAACUAAACGUGAGACUUCUUAUAAUACAUAAAGAACAGAGGAUUUCUCAAUCAUCAAUGGAUUAACUGAUACAAUCAAGUAAAGUGAUCAUAAAUUUGAUGAAUAAGCUAGUCAAACCUAGGAAUACUAAUAGAAGUAAAAUGUACUCCUUCAUCUUGUAAUUCCUCUUCUCUAAAAUAACCCUAACCAAAAAUUCAAUUGGACAUAGAAAAUCGAAUCUUUGGGGGAUUCAUAUCCUGGAUCUGAGAUUAUAGCCCUUAUUGAGUAUCUUUUACAUCUAGAUUUAUCUGAACAUUAUGGUUGCUGGUUAGUCAGGAUUGGGGAAUCCACUUUCAUUGAUAUCUUACUCAAAAAGAUGUUAGGCAAUGGUCAAAUCAUACGAGAUUCGACUCUACAAAUCCAAGAAAUAUAAGGUAUCCUCAACCAAAAUGAUUUAACUUUGAAUAUCAAAUUUAUUGACACUCCUGGUUUCAAACGUCAACACAGUCUCAGAUCUUGGCUUAAGCUACUGUGUGGAUACAUUGAGAUUUAAUUUAAGUCUUAUCAACAAAGAUAAAAUCAAUAAUAUGAAAAAAAAGAGAAAUUUUAGUAAUUGUCUUAAUAAGAUUUGGAUGAAAGAGUGCAUGUAUGUUUUUACUUUUUCUCUGGCCCUAGAAUUUAAACUGAAGAUUUGUAAGCACUCAAACAAAUAAGUGAAUUGCAAAGGGAGAUUAACUAGCUUAAAUAACAAUUUAAUGAUUUGAUUAACCAUUAUCAUAUUGAUUUGUUCAAAUUCUAAUGCAAUAACAACUUCCAAGAGAAAAGUCAAUUUGGACCUACACCUUCUUAUGUGAUCAUAAGAUCAGUAGAAUAAUUUCAAGUAGGAAAUUUCCUCAUCUAUGGAAGAAAGUUUCCUCGGGGAAUCUGUGAUAUCUUUAAUCCUCAACAUUCUGAUUUGAUAAUCUUAUAUAAAUCCUUAAUUGGCCAUUACUGUUUAGAAUUGAUUAAAUUAACAGAUUUCCUUUAUAACGAUUAUAUACAAAAAGAGAAAUAAAAAUUGAAGUUAAAAUAGUAAAAUUAAUCUUGGUUGGCUAAUUUGAUAAGUUACAUAUUUAAUAAAUGA